AUGGUAUUGGGUGGGCCUAAUCCCCCGCCCGCGAUGCGUUACUACCGGCUCUGGAUUUACACUUGUAACGCACUCCUCUUCGUAAGCGUCAUUGGUUUCGUUACCGUCGCCUGCCGCGUGCUCAUCUCCGACCCUCGCAGACUCCUCUUCCCCGGCCUCAGUCUCUGGCAGCCGUCCUUCUUGUACGCCUACCUAGCACUCAUUUUUCAAAGCGGAUUCCUCCAGAUAAUUGGUUGCCUCGGCGCAUCCAGACUGAACGAACGCCUAUUAAACAUUUAUUGGCUACUGAUCCUGGUACUUCUUGUCGGAGACGUCCUCCUAGGAGUGGUCUGGAUGUACCGAUUCAACGGGCUAACGACAGAGCUUCGAUCCCUCCUCAACCACUCCAUCCUCACGAGGUACGGGCCAGACCCAGAGUGGACGGCCCUCUGGGACAGCGUACAGCGCCAGUACAGCUGUUGUGGUGUCUUUGGCUUCCAAGACUUCAUUCACAAUCUGUCCUCUUCCGAUCCAGGUGACUACGGUAGCGAUGGGAAGCUGCCGGACAGCUGCUGCGGGGACAGGCCGGAGGCGGUGGCGGCCGCCCGCAGGGACUUCCUCUCGAGGGUGAGCUCGAGCACGCCGGCCACCGCCCCCGCCUCCGUGGUGCCCACCCCCAGGCCCACGCAGGAGGCGGUGCGCUGCUUCAACGGCGGCAUCGCCUUCCAGGAGCGCUGCGAGCUCAAGAUACUCGCCUGGCUAACUCAGACGGCCCAUCUCCUCUUCGUCCUGGGCUACUGCGUCAUCGCCUUCAUCAAACUAUGUUUUCUCGGAAUUCUGAGGUAUGAAAUUCGAGAAAUGAUACAAAAAAUAAAGCUGGUUCAAGAAUCUUCUGAAAAAGCAGAAGCAGAAGGUGGAACCAAAUGCGCAAAACAAAAUAAUGGUACUAUACUUCAAGCACCAACACAACAGAACAGCAUAGGUCGAGAAGGAUGUGAAAGCCCUGGAAGAAGGCCAGGAAAGAAGCACCUGACAACAGUGAUUGCACAAGAUGCAGGAACGGACAGCGACACCAAUAGCCAUUGCGCCCUUAUCCUCUGCGAUGGAGCGGAUACAUCGGGAGCAAAUGGUAACAACAAUUAUGAAAUGGGGGAACUUAACAGGCAAAGGACCUGA